AUGGCCGUGCGCUCCCGCCGCCCGUGGAUGAGCGUGGCACUGGGGCUGGUGCUGGGCUUCACCGCCGCGUCCUGGCUCAUCGCCCCCAGAGUAGCCGAGCUGAGCGAGAGGAAGAGACGCGGCUCCAGCCUCUGCUCCUACUACGGCCGCUCGGCCGCCGGCGUGCAGCAGCCGCUCCCCCAGCCCCAGCCCCGGCCUCGGCUGGACCCUUCGCCGCCCCCCGAGCUCCUCCAGGAGCGCCGGGGCCCGCAGCUGCCCGAGGCUGCGCUUGGGGUCACCAGUUUUCGGAGCAUCCCUUGGCACCAGCCGCCUCCUCCCCUGCAGCCGCGGCGGCGAGGACGGGAGCCUGAAGGCGCGACGGGGCUGCCCGCUGCCCGGGGGGCGCCCGAAGAGGAUGCUGCCCAGCGGAGAGGUGGUGGCCGGCCGGCAAGUAGCCACAACGGGAGCGGCGAUGGGGGCGCCGCCACCCCGAGCUCCAGACCCCGAGAUUUUCUCUACGUGGGGGUCAUGACCGCACAGAAGUACCUGGGCAGCCGCGCGCUGGCGGCGCAUCGGACCUGGGCGCGCUUCAUCCCCGGCCGCGUGGAGUUCUUUUCCAGCCAGCAGCCCACCGAUCCCAGGCUCGGGCAACCCCCGCCACCUCUGCCUGUCAUCGCGCUGCCGGGCGUGGACGAUUCCUACCCGCCCCAGAAAAAGUCCUUCAUGAUGAUCAAAUACAUGCACGAUCACUACCUGGACAAGUACGAGUGGUUCAUGCGUGCCGACGACGAUGUCUACAUCAAAGGUGAUAAGUUGGAAGAGUUUUUAAGAUCCUUGAAUAGCAGCAAACCUCUCUACCUGGGUCAGACAGGCCUGGGUAAUACUGAAGAACUUGGAAAACUGGGGCUGGAACCAGGUGAGAACUUUUGCAUGGGAGGCCCUGGCAUGAUCUUCAGUCGAGAAGUUCUCAGGAGGAUGGUGCCGCAUAUCGGUGAAUGUCUCCGAGAAAUGUACACAACCCAUGAGGACGUGGAAGUAGGAAGAUGUGUUCGACGUUUUGGUGGGACUCAGUGUGUCUGGUCUUAUGAGAUGCAGCAACUGUUCCAUGAAAAUUAUGAGCACAAUAAAAAGGGUUAUAUUCAAGACCUUCAUAAUAGCAAAAUUCAUGCUGCUAUCACACUUCAUCCCAACAAGAGGCCUGCCUAUCAAUAUAGGCUUCAUAAUUACAUGCUCAGCCGUAAGAUUUCUGAACUUCGCUACCGGACUAUCCAGCUCCACCGGGAGAGUGCUCUGAUGAGCAAGCUCAGUAACAGUGAAGUGAGCAAAGAAGACCAGCAGUUGGGAGUGAUGCCUUCUUUUAACCAUUUCCAGCCUCGCGAGAGAAAUGAAGUGAUAGAAUGGGAAUUCCUGACAGGGAAGCUCCUUUACUCUGCCUCUGAGAAUCAGCCUCCUCGACAAAGUAUCAACAGCAUCCUAAGAACAGCACUGGAUGACACUGUUCUACAGGUGAUGGAAAUGAUCAACGAGAAUGCGAAGAGUAGAGGAAGACUCAUUGACUUCAAGGAAAUUCAGUAUGGCUACCGCAGAGUUGAUCCCAUGCAUGGGGUGGAAUACAUUUUGGAUUUACUCCUCUUAUACAAAAGACACAAGGGGAGAAAGUUGACAGUGCCAGUCAGGCGUCAUGCGUAUCUUCAGCAGUUGUUCAGCAAGCCUUUCUUCAGAGAAACAGAAGAGCUGGAUGUCAACAGUUUGGUUGAGAGUAUUAACAGUGAUACACAAUCAUUCUCUUUCAUUUCAAACUCUUUAAAUAUAUUAUCUUCUUUUCAAGGUGCCAAAGAAAUGGGAGGGCACAGUGAAAAGAAAAUACAUAUUCUUGUUCCUCUCAUUGGAAGAUACGAUAUUUUCUUGAGAUUCCUGGAGAAUUUUGAAAAUACUUGUCUUAUCCCAAAGCAGAACAUAAAGUUAGUCAUCAUCCUUUUCAGUGGGGAGACUGGCCAGGAUUCCAACAAGCAUAUUGAGCUGAUCAAAGAAUAUCAGAACAGAUACCCUAAAGCAGAAAUCACCCUGAUACCAAUGAAAGGAGAAUUUUCCAGAGGUCUAGGUCUUGAAAUGGCUUCUUCCCAGUUUGAUAACGACACUUUGCUGCUAUUUUGUGAUGUUGACUUGAUCUUCAGAGGGGACUUUCUUCAGCGAUGUAGAGACAACACAAUUCAGGGACAACAGGUAUACUACCCCAUCAUCUUUAGCCAGUAUGACCCAAAAGUAAUCAAUGGAGGAAAUCCUGUCACUGAUGAUGACUUCGUCUUUUCAAAGAAGACUGGAUUCUGGAGAGACUAUGGAUAUGGAAUUACCUGUAUUUAUAAAAGUGAUCUUCUGGGUGCAGGUGGAUUUGAUACCUCAAUACAAGGCUGGGGACUAGAAGAUGUAGAUCUCUACAAUAAAGUCAUCUUAUCUGGCUUAAGACCUUUCAGAAGUCAAGAAGUAGGAGUGGUGCAUAUUUUCCAUCCAGUUCAUUGUGACCCUAACUUGGACCCUAAGCAGUAUAAGAUGUGCUUAGGAUCCAAGGCAAGUACUUUUGCCUCAACCAUGCAACUGGCUGAACUCUGGUUGGAAAAACAUUUGGGUAUCAGGUACAAUCGAACUCUCUCCUGACAGUCCAGGCACACAUAUUGCCUUUUGCAAGGGGAGUUUACCUCAUUUUUAUUGUUAUUAUUUUAUUUUAUUAUUGUUAUUUUUAUUAUAUGGUUAUAAUUUUAUUUUGUUGUCCUGGUCUUAAACUACUCUUGG